UUUAAUUACUGUUGCGAAUAAUUGGCAAUCACUUUCAUGACGUUAGUUUUAUUACCACGAAUUUUAAUAUCGUUUUUUGAUAAAAUGCCAAAUUCCUAUUUCCUAUUGGUUGACAUUUAACUGUCAUGUCAGGUCACGUCUAAAAAUGGUGAUUUGAAGAAAAGAAAAUUUUGAUUUAUUUUUAUUCUCUUUGAACAAAUCGUUGAAACAUAUGAGCGAAACGCUCAAGAGGAUGCUUCAAGAGAAAGUUCUCAUAAUUGUGUUUCACCUGUCUUCAUCACUUUCCCACUAGUGUGUCCCGCAUCACCACCAUGGCCUUGAAGACUGAAAAUAGAAAAAAAAUCGAUUUCGUAGCAAAAAAUCUCCUCGCUGGGGGGAUUGCUGGUAUGGUGUCAAAAACCACGGUCGCCCCCUUGGACCGCAUCAAGAUCCUCCUUCAGGCGCACAACAAGCAUCAUGCGUGUCAUGGGGUUUUUUCGGGGCUGCGCCACAUAAUCAAAACUGAAUCACCAUGGGCGAUGUACAAGGGAAAUGGGGCUCAAAUGUUGCGGAUUUUUCCGUAUGCUGCAACUCAAUUUACGUCCUUUGAAAUUUACAAGAGAUAUUUGGAUGGGGUUUUCGGGAGUACAUCCCAUAUUGAUAAGUUUAUAGCGGGGGCCGGAGCCGGAUUAACGGCCGUCACCUUGACCUAUCCGCUGGAUACGAUACGAGCGCGAUUAGCUUUCCAGAUUAGCGGCGAGCACGUAUACACAGGCAUCGCGCACGCCGCCACCACCAUCUUCAAAGAAGAAGGCGGUACUCGUGCUCUCUAUCGCGGCUUCCUACCCACCCUCAUGGGCAUGGUCCCCUACGCCGGGCUCUCCUUCUACUGCUUCGAAUACCUGAAAUACGGUUGCAUGAAAUACCUGCCGAAAGUCACGUGCAAUCCUUGCGAGAAAAACACCGGCGGUUUGGUGUUGGCAAUGCCGGCGAAACUCAUCUGUGGAGGACUAGCAGGAGCGGUGGCUCAAAGUGUGAGUUAUCCUUUGGAUGUGACCAGAAGACGCAUGCAACUCGCAUUGAUGAAUCCACACACGGAGAAAUUCGCAAAGGGGAUGUUUAAUACUCUAAGAUUGAUUUAUAACGAGAAUGGGGUCUUAAAAGGGUGGUAUCGGGGGAUGUCGAUUAAUUAUUUGAGGGCGAUCCCGAUGGUGGCGGUCUCAUUCACCACGUAUGAGACGUGCAAGCAGGUUUUGAAUCUUGACACGGGGUUGCAGGUCAAGUAGGGUGUGAUAAUCCAGAUUUUUUAAUAUCUCUCUAUUUUACUAAAGCGAUUUUGAUAUUGUAAGACAUUCCGACAAUUGUUGAUUAUUUAUUAUUGUAGGUUUUAGCCUUUUAGAUCUUACGUUAAGUACUAAAAUAUUUAUUUCGAUUACACUUGUUAUUUGAAGUUACCACAGUACAAACUGAAAAUUGUAAUUUAUUCCCGAAAAUAAAGACACACAUGCAA